AUGUCAGACUACGAGGAUGCAAUGGACGUGGAUGCGCCCAAGGACGUCCAAUUUAGCUCUGACAACGCGAGUGGAAAAAAGAGAACUGUCGCCGAUCUACCAGUCGAGGCUCAAGAUAAUUUGCCAUGGGUCGAGAAAUACCGACCAAGCAGCCUAGAUGAUGUCUCUGGCCAUCAAGACAUUCUCGCGACUAUCAACCGAUUCGUGGAGACAAAUCGACUUCCCCAUCUCCUCCUCUACGGACCUCCAGGAACCGGAAAGACCUCCACUAUCCUGGCCCUGGCGCGGCGGAUCUACGGCACCAAAAACAUGCGGCAGAUGGUGUUGGAGCUGAAUGCAAGUGAUGACCGUGGUAUUGAUGUUGUUCGAGAACAAAUCAAGACUUUUGCAAAUUUUCAAUAUGGCCCCCAAGGCACUGCCGGCUCCCCUCUGGCAGGCUUCAAGCUUAUCAUUCUGGACGAAGCCGAUGCGAUGACUUCAACCGCACAAAUGGCCCUCCGCCGUAUCAUGGAGCGCUACACGGCCAAUACCCGAUUCUGCGUUAUUGCCAACUACACACAUAAGCUGUCUCCGGCACUCCUGUCCCGGUGUACACGAUUCCGGUUUAGUCCAUUGAAGGAAGUUGAUAUUCGGACUUUGGUUGACAAGGUCAUUGAGAACGAGGGUGUUCGGAUACAGCCUGAUGCGGUUGAUAGUUUAGUGACACUAAGCAAAGGUGAUAUGCGACGAGCCCUCAACGUGCUUCAGGCAUGCUUUGCCAGCAGUAUCCCGCUGCCGAUGAGAGACGCCCCUAAAGCCCCUCGUCCCGAGCCUGAGACUGUCACUAAUGCGACGAUCUAUGACUGCAUUGCCGCCCCGCACCCGUCCGAUAUUCAAGAAAUCAUGACCACUAUCCUCUCCACCAGCGAUGUCACUUCCUGUCUGAACACCGUGCAAACUCUCAAGACCACCAAGGGUUUGGCUUUGGCGGACAUCCUCUCGGCACUAGCCGACCAACUCCAACAGCUUGAAGUUCCCGCUCAAACACGUAUCACAUGGCUUGAGGGACUGGCCGAGAUUGAAUGGCGACUUGCCGGAGGUGGUUCGGAAGCUAUUCAGACUGGAGGGCUGGUCGGGGUGGUGCGAAAUGGAUGUGAGCUAAUGAGUGACAAGGGUGUUACGGUGGCAUAA